CUUUUUUUAAAUUGUUUUUGAAUAUUACGGUUGUUUCCCACCAUGUGCUUUUAUUGUGGCGGCUAUUAGGGUUUGAUAAGAACAUCCCACGUCGCCACUUCUUUCGGCUUCCAAAUUGACCCCUCCUGUUCCCUUUUAUCUCCCCCGUCAAAAACCAAACGAAGAACGACUCUCCCAUUCAACCAAAAUCCCAACGGACAAACCCUAGAGAGCGAGCCGCAAUUUCAAAUAGUAGGAGUAGGGACCGAGCCACAAGUUCGGUGCUUUUCUCGGAGAAACACUUGAACAAGCCACAGAAACUUGACUCUCUUCUGAUUGAGCUUUUUGAAUAAAUAUAGCUUCCUCGUUUGGAACAACUCAUCGAAUACGGAAAACCACUCUGCUUUGAUCGAACUGGGCAUAAGAUGGAGGAACAUAGUCCCCGACAGGGUCACAUCAUUGAGGUUAAUAUCGAAAAUCCGGGUGGAGAAAGAACAUACAGAGGAGGCAAAAUAUGUGGGGAAGCACCAUGUGGAUUUUCAGACAAUGGAUCAGCUUCCAAGGAUGCUAAGGAACGGACUGCUUCCAUGCGCAAGCUCUGUAUAGCAGUGGUGUUAUGUCUUAUAUUCAUGAGCCUAGAAGUAGUUGGUGGCAUUAAGGCCAACAGUUUGGCAAUCUUAACUGAUGCAGCUCACUUGCUGUCUGAUGUUGCUGCUUUUGCAAUCUCUUUGUUCUCCCUCUGGGCUGCUGGCUGGGAAGCGACUCCACGUCAGACUUAUGGGUUUUUCAGGAUCGAGAUCUUGGGCGCUCUCGUCUCUAUACAGCUCAUAUGGUUGCUCACGGGCAUUUUGGUUUAUGAAGCCAUUGUUAGACUUGUUAAUGAGAAAGAGCCUGUUGAUGGCUUUCUUAUGUUUCUCGUUGCUGCCUUUGGUCUGGCGGUAAACAUUGUGAUGGCUGUUCUGCUUGGACAUGAUCAUGGACAUGGUCAUGACCAUCACAAUCAUGACCAUGGAUAUGGACAUGGACAUGGACAUGGGAUGAUGGUUACCACUCAUCAUCAUCAUCAUCACAGUCAUGAAGAGCAUGGCAAAGAAGGUGAACACAAUCAUCAUGGUCACGGGGAUCACACCGAGCCACUGUUGGAUAAUUCGAAGCCUGGGCCUCAAGAGAAGGAACACAAGAAGAGGAAUAUCAAUGUUCAAGGGGCAUAUCUUCAUGUCCUAGGGGAUUCCAUCCAGAGUGUUGGAGUGAUGAUUGGAGGGGCUAUCAUCUGGCGUUUUCCGGAAUGGAGAAUAGUUGACUUGAUCUGCACGCUGGCCUUUUCGGUGAUUGUCUUGGGAACGACCAUCAACAUGAUCCGCAACAUACUGGAGGUUCUGAUGGAGAGCACGCCCAGAGAGAUCGAUGCUACAAAACUCGAAAGGGGUAUGCUCGAAAUGGAAGAGGUGGUGGCCAUUCACGAGCUGCACAUUUGGGCUAUCACAGUGGGCAAAGUUCUGUUGGCAUGCCAUGUCAAAAUCAGGCCAGAAGCAGAUGCGGACAUGGUGCUGGACAAAGUGAUCGAUUACAUCCGAACAGAGUACAACAUCAGCCAUGUUACAAUACAAAUCGAGCGCUAAGCCAAAAGCCGAGAUAUUAUGAUCUCUACUUGAUUGGUUUUCUGUACUACCAUUCUCUCAUGCCAUAUGAAACCAUAAGCUUUGGGAUUUGAUAAUAUGAUAUCUACUUUUCCAGUGUCAGCUCUUUUGUUACA